AUUGUACACACGGGGUCUAUUUACUGAUCAUUUCGGCUUGUAACCCUUUGUUUCGAAGAGCCUCCGUGUGUCGUAGAGAGAGCUUCUGAGUGUGAGACUAAGCGAUUUUCGUGUCAUAUGCGCUUCGACGUGGUCAGACCUCGUGUUGUUGAGGAAAGUAUCGAGAAAAAAGCCGGUCGGGCCGCGGGGGCGCUGCACAGCGCUCGGUAGUUUGCAUUUUGCUGGAAACCCCAAAGUUCAUGACAGAUCAUCAGUCAUUCAGUACUAUGACAACCGCGCUUUGAUUGACAGCUUGAGUGGCAAAAAGCCACGAGACACGACAGUUUUGUUACAGGCGCUUGUUGACGGGCCGACAUUCAUUUCCUUCUGUUGCCUGACAUUCUUGUGUAAGCUUAGAAAGUCCCCGGUACGUUCAAACUGACAGAGCGAGUAACAAGCCAGUUGAAAUCAAAGGCGCGAAGCAGGGACGGCUCUCGGGCUAAGUUUACACGUCAGAGGGGAUCUGCAGCGGUCAGAUGGCGCAAAGGUAUGACGCGGCCAUUCCACACUACCCCGGGGCCAUGGAAGCGGCGGCGGUCGCCACGUCUAUGUACGGCAACCCCCACGCCCAUCGCAUGGACCCCGGCCCGCUACAGAUGAACCACGGCCACGGCAUGCACCAAUUUCCGACGUCGCACCCCGCGCACUCCGUCAUGACAGGGGUAAUGUCCAGUCCUCAGGAUGACCAACAUAAACGAGACAAGGACGCCAUCUACGGGCAUCCACUUUUCCCACUUCUUGCGUUGGUCUUCGAGAAGUGCGAACUGGCCACAUGCACCCCACGAGAGCCUGGAGUUGCGGGCGGGGACGUAUGCUCUUCCGAAUCGUUCAACGAAGACAUCGCAGUGUUCGCCAAGCAGGUACUCAAUGCGAGAGCAGAAAAACCCUUUUUCUCAGCAAACCCCGAACUGGACGGAUUGAUGAUUCAAGCCAUCCAGGUCCUGCGAUUCCACUUGCUAGAGCUAGAAAAGGUUCACGAACUCUGUGACAAUUUCUGCCACCGCUACAUUAGUUGCCUAAAAGGGAAAAUGCCCAUAGACCUCGUGAUAGAUGAAAGGGAUGGAGCUCCGGCAGGGCCGACCAAAAGCGGGUCUACGUCGAGUGACGGUCAACAAGAGUCAAGUGUUACACACGACCAGUCGCACCAACAGCCGGGUUCGUACGGAGGGGCCGACGACACACAGUCCACAAACUCGGGCGGAACACCGGGGCCACUGGGAACACAGCCGUCACAGAGUGGCGACAACAACAGUGAAACAGAUGGGGGGAUUGAUAACAGCAUAGGAUCAGGCGAAAAUACGGGAGAUGAGGGGGAUUCGGACAAAGACAAGAAGAGACAAAAGAAACGGGGAAUUUUUCCCAAAGUCGCCACAAACAUCAUGAGGGCAUGGCUUUUCCAACACUUAACGCAUCCAUAUCCCUCAGAAGAGCAAAAGAAGCAGCUAGCACAGGACACAGGACUCACGAUAUUGCAAGUCAACAACUGGUUUAUCAACGCGAGGCGCAGGAUAGUCCAGCCUAUGAUCGACCAGUCAAACCGUGCAGGCAAGUCUCCUGUAGUAACUGUAUUCAAGUCGCGCAGGCGUAAAUCAUCCUCCAGUCACUCGCCAGGAGGGCCAUCACCUGACUGCACUGAUACCUGUCCUACUACUGGUUGCCGGGUGGGGCACAUGGUUGGUGACCAGGCUGCAUUUCUUACAGUGAACCAGUCAGCAGCGAUGGGAGGGGGGGUGUACAGCCCGGAGCAGCCCAUGAGCAGUCCAUAUGUUAUGGAUGGCCAACAGCAGAUGCACAUCAGGCCACCAGGUUUGCAGAGCAUGCCUGGUGACAUGAGGGGCUCUCCCAUGUCCAUACCGGGAACAACCAUGCCAUCCGGCGUACCCACGUAUUCAGGUGCUCAGAUGUCGCAGCUGCGGCCUCAGUACUCGCAGCCGAUGCUCCUGCCCGGCCACCCCCAUGCCCCGAUGAUGUUUUCCCACCCCAACUCGGUGUCUGGGCCCGGGCCGGGCGCCCACCACCCCCACCCUCACCACCCAGGCAUGCUCCAGUCCAGCCAGAGUCCCCCUCUCAUGACCCAUGACACCAUGACGUCACAGUACUCUCACAACCCCACGUGACGUAGCCCAGGGACG